AUGGAGCUUGCAAACAUAAGAUUGACGAUCAAUGAAACUAGGGAGUUGAGCCAUGUAGACAUCUUCUUGAAGAAACCCAUGAAGAAAGGCAUUUUUGACAUCAAGCUGACAAAUGGACCAACCACGAGAAACUGCAAGACUGAGAAUAGUGCAAAUGGUGGCAGGGUUGACAACAAGACUGAAGGUUUCAGCAUAGUCUAUGCCCGGACGUUGAUGAAAACCCUUGGCCACUAG